UCUCAAUAGCUCUGGUCCCAGAGCUUAGAGCUCAAUCAGAAUGCCGCAUAUCACCCUUGAGCCGGUGGCUUGACACGGCUGUGUACCAUUAAUUACUAUCACUUCUGAUACCCUUCUACAUGCCUUUCAUACGUCAGCAUCAUACAUAACCUGACCCAAUACUCGUUCGCUACCGCCGUUCCCUCCCCGCCUCCCCGCCAUGUUCUCCGUCAUCGUCCCCGGCCGGCCCUGCCUCACAGAUAUCGUUGCGGUAGAUGCACAGCCCAAUGGCCAGGCCACCAAAUUCGCCUUCACAUUCCCUCUCAACCCUCCCUUCACAGAAGUCGUCGUGUUCUUCUUGCCGGGCACGGUCCUUCCGCAAGACACCGCCGCAGCAAUCUACAUCCAAUUACCCGAAUCCACCUCUUCACCCAAUGGCCCACAGUUCCGGUUUCUCGGCGCGUUAGCCAACGAGAAACCCUCCGCAAUCUUCAAAGUCCAAGGCGGCUCCUCACCAACACCGCCCCGCCGCUCAGAAGCCGAAGAGCAGGAUGAGAUGCUGGACGAAGGCACCGGCGGUGCCGCUGGUGGUGCGCCAGUGAACGGUAUGGUAACGCUGGGUAUUUCGAUCGAGCCGGUCCAGACUGUUGCGCCGCAGGUUGCGGCGCUCGAGGCAGAGACAGCAUCCUCGGGGACGUCGACGGAUCUCGUGCGUCAGUCGCCGGAGCAGCGGCAGCAGAAGGGUCUUACGACGAAGGUUCUGGCGCAGCGCAUUAUCGGGAAUGCGUUCAACUUCCUGGCGAGCUUUGCGUCGUCCGAUCCGAGUAAUAAGGGCCAGGAGGUUGUGUCUUUGAAAAGCUUUCAGGAUUGGUGGGCGAAGUUUGAGCGAAGGGUAGAUAUGGAUCCGACAUUUCUGGAGCGUGAGGAUCCUGGAGCUAGUGGGUGAAUCAAGGGUAGUCACGGUUAUGUGAAAAGUCUGGGGGUAACAGAGCUUCGUUUCAUGGUGAUCUGACCAUGCAGAGCAUGUUUGAUCAUAUCCUGUGAGAAAUGAAGCAAUGGAAUAGACCAUCGGAUCUGUAUGCAGUGAUCCAAUAUCAAAAAAAAAUUCUAUAUCUUUGACAUGCUCAACUUUGCGUACAGCUACUCACACCACCAGAUCUAUUGAAUGUCUCCAAGCAAGAACUUCAGGAAAGCAACGCCAAUGGCAACGCCAUCAUGAUCCUUCCCUGCU